UGCCGCGGGAGGCCGAUUGCAAGUGUCGACAAGCAAUCGGAACGCGAAUUAAGGAAGCGAUGGCACCGCGUAGGCGAUCUUCUUCCAGAUCGGCGCGGGAGGGGACAAGUGGUGUUCCCGAGCAAGUCGACGCGAGCGAAGGCGCAGAGCUUCGUGAUCAGUUGGCCACACUCAUUGGAGUGAUGAGGCAACAAGCUGAUGUGGUGCAGAGGCAGCAGGAGGCUGCUAUGCGCCAGGAAGAGCGAAUGGAAAGACUCCAAGAAACGGUGGACCAGCUGGUGGGUGCACCAGCUGCGGCUCGUCGAGAACGGCCGGGAGUCGCGGCGGAGAUGUUCCCGUCGGGGUCGGGCGAUCCGACUCCUGUUAGUUCAGAGGUGGCGGCAGAAAGGGAGCGAGCUUUGGCUGCCCUCAUGGCUUUCAAGAAAUUUGAUCCGCCUACCUUCGAUGGUGAGGAUCCAGAUCCGUGGAUCGUGGAGAUGUGGAUUGAUGCCAUGGAAACGCUCUUCGAGGAUCUGUACACGUUGGAGCGAGACAAGGUAAACCUAGUCGCGCAUUAUCUCAAACAGUCGACGAAGGUGUAGUGGAAAGGCGUCAAGCAUGAUCGACCGCCUAGUCUCCCUCCUAUGACGUGGGAAGAAUUUCGGGGAUUGGUGUUCUCUGCUUAUUUCCCCGAUAGCGAGAAGCGGAAGCUCAAGGAAAGGUUCCUUAAGCUGCGGCAAGGAAGUCGCACGGUCAGGCAAUAGGAGCGGGAGUUUUUCCGUAUCGUGCAUUGUAUCCCAAACGUGGUGCGAGAUGACAAGGACAGGGCCGACUGCUUCGUGCGUGGACUUCAGCCAGAUCUUUACCAGGCGGUGCUGGUACUCAAGUUGCAGAUUUUUGCUGAAGUCCUGGAUCGGGCCUUGUGGAUAGAACAGGGCAACGCCUUUAUGCGGGAAGAGCGAGAGGCAUAUUACAAGGAAAAGGGGAAAGGACGACCGACAGGUGGAUCCAGUAGUCAGUCAAGUUCCCAACGGACUUUGACGAGUUCGCACUCGCGAUCCCGAGCUCCGGGGACAUACCGCAUUCA